CCUCUGGUGUACCGGACUAGGGCUGUUCUGGUGUACCAGACUAGGGCUGUUCUGGUGACCCAGACUAGGGUUGUUCUGGUGACCCAGAUUAGGGCUGUUCUAGUGAACCAGGCUAGGGCUGUUCUGGUGAACCAGGAAUGCUGCUUCUCCUACGUGUUGAGGAUGAGCAGCUGGAAUGUCCUGAGCUGGUCCUCCAGGGAGGGACGUGCAGCGGCCGAGGUAGCCACGGCGACAGCAGCAUCCGUUGCUGAUGGGACCUACUGCGCCACGAUGAGCCUUCAAGAUGGAGGCUGUGGCUACGCUAACUCCGCCAACGCCGGCCAUGCUAGCGGGAGCAUGCGUAGGCGCCUGGAGGACCAGGAAUUCACCCUGCGAGUGUACCCGGGCUCCCUGGCUGAGGGCACCAUCUACUGCCCCGUCGCUGCCCGCAAGAGCACCACUGCUGCCGAGGGGAUCGAGCGCCUCAUCGAGCGCCUGCGUCUGGACCGCACCAAGUGCUACGUGCUGGCGGAGGUGAAGGAGUUUGGGGGGGAGGAGUGGAUUCUCAACCCCAGUGACUGCCCCGUCCAGAGGAUGAUGCUGUGGCCUCGGAACGCCCUGGAGAACCGCUGCGGCCUGGGCAGCGGCGAAGACUACCGCUUCCUGCUGCGCCAGAAGAACCUGGACGGCUCCAUCCACUACGGCGGCAGCCUGCAGAUGUGGCUGCGUGUGACCGAGGAGCGGCGCCGCAUGGUGGAGCGAGGUUUCCUCCCCCAGCCUGCAGGGGGCGAGCACCCAGCCGACCUGUGUGCCCUCCCUGAGCUGACGGAGAGAGCUCUGCUGGACAGCCUCCGCGCCCGCUUCCGCCAGGAGAGCAUCUACACCUAUGUGGGCAGCAUCCUCAUCGUCAUCAACCCCUUCCAGUUCCUGCCCAUCUACAACCCCAAGUACGUGAAGAUGUAUGAUAACCACCAGCUGGGCAAGCUAGAGCCACACAUCUACGCCGUUGCGGACGUCGCGUACCACGCCAUGCUGCAGCGACACAGGAACCAGUGCAUCGUCAUCUCUGGGGAGAGCGGCUCGGGCAAGACCCAGAGCACCAACUUCCUGAUCCAUCACCUGACGGCGCUCAGCCAGAAGGGAUUCGCCAGCGGGGUGGAGCAGAUCAUACUGGGGGCGGGGCCUGUGUUAGAGGUAACCAUCUUUUGUUAAUUCCUUUAUUUUGCGCUGUGAAGACAACACGCACAUGCUUCAUAGACAUGUAAGGAGUGGUUUAUGGAUUCCUUGUUUAAGUCUUAUUUCACUAGCAGGAAAUGUAUUAUCGAUCCCAGGGAUAGUCUUUCUUAAAUGGUUGUACUGUACGAACCAGAGAAUAGUGAUGCACACAAACGCCAGGCUGAAGCAAAUCCAUGUGUUGUAAAUUAGAGGUCAUGGUUUGAGAAAGGAAGUGACACAAGCCAGUAGAAAUAUGAAGACAAGUCAAUGCGUUAUUGCAAUUGUGGUGGAAUGUCUGAGCAUGGAACAGGGCAUGAAAUGGAUUACAAACCAGCUUUCCUCAGAUGGAAUGCCUGAACAUGAUGGAAAUCUAUAUUUAGCUAUGAUUUUCAACGUAUGAGUUUAUGUUAUUGACCCAGAAACGGUGCUUAGCAAGGUCUGUCUCUGUAACUG